UAAUUGCGAGUAUACUAUCAACAUGCAAAAACAUGUGACUGUCCAAAAGGGGCUGUGUGUGCACAUUCCCUGUCACUUUACUGUUCCUAAAGGGGAAAUAUUAUCCCCAACAGCCACUGGAAUCUGGUCCACGUAUCGUACUAAACUUGUAUCUUCUGCUGAUUCUAAAAAAACAAGAUUUACCCUGACUGGGGAAGUAAGCAAAGGAGACUGUUCCCUUCUGAUCAAUGAGGCCAAACUGGAAGAUACAGGAACUUACAAAUUCAGACUGGAGGAUACACUAUCAUACACUUACAACAGUAUCCAACCGAAUAUAAAGGUGACAGAUUUAUGGAACAUUUCCAAAAAGGAGCCAUAUAUAUCUCCCAAUAGGAGUAUGGCGGCAGGGGAGGAGGUGAUGUUGACUUGCACUGCUCCGGAAUGGUGCACUGGGAUUGCCCCCGUAUUCACAUGGAAAGGAAGUAUAAGAAUUACAGAAACCCGAACCAAUGCAUUGCUGCACCCAUAUACUUCCACCUACAUGUCCAACAUCACUUUCACCCCAUCACAGCAGGACCAUAACACCUCAUUAAUCUGUACAGUCACUUAUGGACAAGUCUCUGCCAUCACAAGCAUCAUCCUGGAUGUAGAAUAUCCACCUUCCAUGAAUAUCACUAUGCCAGGAUAUGAAAGAUUGUUAACACAAGAGAACAAAUCUGUGACUGUAAUAGAAGGAGAGUCCCUUAAUAUCUGGUGUACUGUGACCAGUAACCCAAUGGCCAAUGUUACCUGGAGUACAGAAGAUGGUCUUAUCCUAAGUACAACAAUAAAUAAGAGUCUAACUCUUGCACUACGGAACAUCUCACUUAGUAAUGCUGCAACAUACAGAUGCCUUGCAUGGAAUUCACAUGGAAACACUAAUGAUUCUAUCACAUUAUCUCUGGAAUAUCCCCCAAAAGAAGCAACGAUCUGUAUAUACAAAUCCAACCCUGACGGUCUUCUAGAUUGUUAUUUUGAAGAAAAUUCCUUUGAAGAAGUUGAAGAGGGAACAUCACUUUCCCUGUUGUGCACGGCGAAAAGUAACCCCACCUCUAAUGUCUCAUGGAUUAGGCAUGGACAGACCAAUAUCCAAAAUAUUUCUGCCAAACAGCUACUAAAUGUCACCCAAAUGGGAGUUGGCAGCACAGAGGUUUAUAUUUGCUGGGCAGAAAAUAAGUAUGGACAAGCAAACCGUUCGAUCACCAUUAAAGUCACAUCUGCUACUAAACAACAACAAAAACCACCAGGCAUCAUGUCAGCUCUAUUUGUUGUGCCGCCUCUUGUUAUUGUUUUGUUGCUUAUCUCAGCAUUUAUCAUGAUCCGAAACAAGAGAAGGAAACAGUUGUUACACAAUGAUAAAAAACAAACUACAUCCACCCCUGUAAAUGACUGUGAUGCACAUAAGACAUAUGAAGAGAUCCCACAGGGAAGCAGCAGUCCAACUGACAAUACUGAUUUAGAGAUCGCACCAAAAGAUGAAAACCUCUCUGAGGAUGGCGCACCCAUUUAUAUAAACUAUGGGGAGGAUCUGCAGUAUGCAUGUAUUCAUUUCUCACAUCUGAAACCUAAUGACAGUCCAGAAAAAGAGGAGGUUGAAUAUUCUGAGAUCCAAUGCAAGUCACAAAUAUUAUAAUAAUAUUUGUGAGAACUCCAUGAAAGAGAAAGUCAGGAGGUUCUGAAAGAGAAUUGUCCUUUAAAUGGUCAAUCCUUUUCCAAGAGCAUCAGUGGAUAAAUGGACAGCACUUACCCAAACAGGGUUUCUUUAUACUGAACAUGAACAAGGUUUGAUGAAAGAAGCACCAGGAUCAUCUUAAUAAUCCAGCAAAAUUACUAAACCAGGGGGUAAUUCCCAAAGCCAGUACAUGUAAAUAUUUUCCAAAUAUGUCUACCCAUGACAUAGUGUUUAGGCGCUAUCUGUAUUCUUUUUCAAGCUGGUUAAAGACCAAGACUAACAAAUUAAUUGUUAGAAUGUAUUUUUUCACAUAAACAUAUUAUUCUUGAGUAAACAAUAAAG